UUGUUCUCUCUCUCUCCGACGGGACUUAGCAACUUCUUGAUUAUUUCUUAGCCCCUUUCCCAUUUUUUUCCACUCUGCCAUGAACUGGACGGACAGACGCGGAGAAGACUUUGCUUUCAGCCCCAGGGAAUGGCGAUUCGCGUCCCGGGGCCGUGCCGGGGAGGAUCGGCCCAGGAGAAAGAAAGAGUGAUAGAGAAAGAGCUGCAGGAAGAGAAGGGAGACCUCCAUCAGACGCGGGCCCGGCGCGCAGCAGCGCAGCGCGGAGCUGCGCGGGGAAUGGCCCCAUGCUCGCCCUGCGCCCCCGGCUCCUUCAGCGUCAGCUGCCCGGGUGCGCGGGAUGCAUUGGGCAAUUUUUAAAAUCCCGAAGUAGCAAGAGCCCUUGGAAGAUAUAAGUCGGGGCUGGGGGUGGAGCAGAGGAUUUUCAGAAGCUAUUCAAAGAGCGAAAAGUCCAAGCCUGAUUAACUUGAAGUCCCUUUGGAGCAUCUAGCGUUCUCCGGGAGUUAUUAGAAAGCUGAAACUUUCAGUGGAUUGUGGGCCUGGGGAGAAGAAGGGAUUCCGAGGGUGGGACUGGGAAGAGCGAGUGCGCGCUCCUGUGUUGAGGAGUGGGGGCGUCAGUGGGGGUUCGGUGAAGAAGGCACACCAUGGCAGUACCCGGCGAGGCCGCCCGAGAGAGGGACACACCGGGCCACGGCGGGGUGAGUCAAGCCCCGGUAGCGGGCCGGGACUGCCACCGUCGUGCAGAUUCCCCAUUGCCUCAGGGCUCUGGCUGCAGCGGCUGCUGGGGAGACCUGGUGCUGCAGCCGCUCCGGCGCUCCCGGAAACUUUCCUCGGCUCUGUGCGCGGGCUCUCUGUCCUUUCUGCUGGCGCUGCUGGUGAGGCUGGUCCGCGGAGAGAUCGGCGGUGAGCUGGAGCAGAGUAAGGAGGCGGCGGCAACCGAGGAGGAGGAGGAAGCGGUCCCGGGAGCCGAAGGGGGCGUCUUCCCUGGCCCUCGGGGAGGUGUUCCCGGGGGCGGCGCGCCGCUCAGCCCCUGGCUGCAGCCCUCGGCACUACUCUUCAGUCUCUUGUGUGCCUUCUUCUGGAUGGGCUUGUACCUCCUGCGCGCCGGGGUGCGCCUGCCUCUGGCCGUCGCGCUGCUGGCCGCCUGCUGCGGGGGGGAAGCGCUCGUCCAGAUUGGGCUGGGCGUCGGGGAGGAUCACUUACUCUCGCUCCCGGCCGCGGGGGUGGUGCUCAGCUGCUUGGCCGCCGCGACAUGGCUGGUGCUGAGGCUGAGACUGGGCGUCCUCAUGAUCGCUUUGACUAGCGCGGUCAGGACCGUGUCCCUCAUUUCCUUGGAGAGGUUCAAGGUCGCCUGGAGACCUUACCUGGCAUAUUUGGCCGGCGUGCUGGGGCUACUCCUGGCCAGGUACGUGGAGCAGAUCUUGCCGCAGUACUCGGGGGCGGCUCCGAGGGAGCAUUUUGGGUCCCAGCUGGUAGCUGGGACCAAGGAAGAUAUCCCGGUGUUUAAGAGGAGGAGGCGGUCCAGCUCCGUGGUGUCCGCCGAGAUGUCGGGCUGCAGCAGCAAGUCUCAUCGAAGGACCUCCCUGCCCUGUAUACCAAGGGAACAGCUCCUGGGACACUCGGAAUGGGACCACAAACGAGGGCCACGGGGGUCACAGUCUUCAGGAACCAGUAUUACUGUGGAUAUUGCUGUGAUGGGCGAGGCACAUGGCCUCAUUACUGACCUCCUGGCAGACCCUUCUCUGCCCCCGAAUGUGUGCACGUCCCUGAGGGCCGUGAGCAACCUGCUCAGCACACAGCUCACCUUCCAUGCCAUUCACAAGCCCAGAGUGAAUCCUGUCGUUUCCUUCAGUGAAAACUACACCUGCUCUGAUUCUGAAGAGAGCCCUGAAAAAGACAAGCUGGCUAUUCCCAAGCGCCUGAGAAGAAGUUUGCCCCCUGGUUUGUUGAGACGAGUUUCAUCAACUUGGACAACCACCACCUCGGCCACAGGUCUACCCACCUUGGAGCCUGCCCCAGUACGGAGGGACCGUAGUUCCAGCAUCAAACCUCAUGAUGCACCUUUGCCCAGCUCUAUUAAUUCUGAUUCUUGGAGUAACCCAGUGAUGAUGACCCUCACCAAAAGCAGAUCCUUCACUUCAUCCUAUGCUGUUUCUGCAGCUAACCAUGUAAAGGCUAAAAAGCCAAAUCGACCAGGUGCCCUCGCUAAAAUUUCACCUCUUUCAUCACCCUGCUCCUCGCCUCUCCAAGGGACUCCAGCCAGCAGCCCUGUCAGCAAAAUUUCCACAGUGCAAUUUCCAGAAUCUGCUGACACAACUGCCAAACAAGGGCCAACUACUCACAGGGCCUUAACCUAUACUCAGAGUGCCCCUGACCUGUCCCCUCAGGUUCUGACUGCACCUGUUAUAUGUAGCAGCUGUGGUAGACCAUAUUCCCAAGGGAAUCCUGCUGACGGGCCCCUGGAAAGAGGUGGUACAGCCACUCCAACACCAAGCAGAACAGACGACACUGCCCAAGUUACCUCUGAUUAUGAAACCAAUAACAACAGUGACAGCAGCGACAUUGUACAAAAUGAAGAUGAGGCGGAGUGCCCAAGAGAGCCACUGAGGAAAGCAUCAGCCUGUGGCACCUACGCCCCGGAGGCCGUGAUAUUCCUGGACAAACCAAUUCUUGCUCCUGAACCUCUAGUCAUGGAUAACCUGGACUCAAUUAUGGAGCAACUCAAUAGUUGGAAUUUUCCAAUUUUUGAUUUAGUGGAAAAUAUAGGAAGAAAAUGUGGCCGUAUCCUGAGUCAGGUUUCGUACAGACUUUUUGAAGAUAUGGGCCUCUUUGAAGCUUUUAAAAUUCCAGUUAGAGAAUUUAUGAACUAUUUUCACGCUUUGGAAAUUGGAUACAGGGAUAUUCCUUAUCACAACAGAGUCCACGCCACUGAUGUCUUACAUGCUGUUUGGUAUCUUACUACACAGCCUAUUCCAGGCCUCUCAACUGUGAUUAAUGAUCACGGAUCAGCAAGUGAUUCAGAUUCUGACAGUGGAUUUACACAUGGACAUAUGGGAUAUGUAUUUUCAAAAAUGUAUAAUGUGCCAGAUGAUAAGUAUGGAUGUCUGUCGGGGAAUAUUCCUGCCUUAGAACUCAUGGCACUAUACGUAGCUGCAGCCAUGCAUGACUAUGAUCACCCGGGAAGGACUAAUGCUUUCCUGGUGGCCACUAGUGCCCCUCAGGCGGUGCUGUACAAUGAUCGUUCAGUUCUGGAGAACCAUCACGCAGCUGCAGCUUGGAAUCUUUUCAUGUCCCGGCCAGAGUAUAACUUCCUAGUUAACCUUGACCAUGUAGAAUUCAAGCACUUCCGUUUCCUUGUCAUUGAAGCAAUUUUAGCCACUGACCUGAAGAAACACUUCGACUUUGUAGCCAAAUUUAAUGCCAAGGUGAAUGAUGAUGUUGGAAUAGAUUGGACUAAUGAAAAUGAUCGUCUAUUGGUUUGUCAAAUGUGUAUAAAGUUGGCUGAUAUUAAUGGACCAGCCAAAUGUAAAGAACUCCAUCUUCAGUGGACAGAGGGUAUUGUCAAUGAAUUUUAUGAACAGGGUGAUGAGGAAGCCAGCCUUGGGCUGCCCAUAAGCCCCUUCAUGGACCGGUCUGCUCCUCAGCUGGCCAAUCUUCAGGAAUCCUUCAUCUCUCACAUUGUGGGUCCUCUGUGCAACUCCUACGAUUCAGCUGGACUCAUGCCAGGAAAAUGGGUGGACGAUAGUGAUGAGUCAGGAGAUACUGAUGACCCAGAAGAAGAGGAGGAGGAAGCAGCCGUGCCAAAUGAAGAAGAAACCUGUGAAAAUAAUGAAUCUCCAAGAAAGAAAACUUUCAAGAGGAGAAAAAUCUACUGCCAAAUAACUCAGCACCUCCUGCAGAACCACAAGAUGUGGAAGAAAGUCAUUGAAGAUGAGCAGCGGUUGGUGGGCACAGAAAACCAGUCCCUGGACCAGGCCUCUCAGCAGCACACCUCAGAGCAGAUCCAGGCCAUCAAGGAAGAAGAGGAGGAGAAAGGGAAACCAAGAGCAGAGGAGAGCUUGGCCCCAAAUCCGAACCUGUGACCGUGAACAGAACAAGCUGUGUUUCCAAACUCAUUUGUCACAGACUUUUUUCAAGCCAGCACAACACUUAGACACAACACUGUAGAAAUAUGAGAAGAUGGGCAAAUGGCUAUUGCAUUUUGGGAUUCUUCGCAUUUUAUGUGUUUAUUUUUACAGUGAGGUACCUUUUCGAAAAACUCUUGCUCAGAGAAGCUUUCACAUUGCGACACCAGCUUUGACGGAUUUUUUUUUAAAGGAGGAAAUAUAUAUAUAUAUAUUUACUUGUGUGUGUAUAUAAGGUCCCACGUAGAUACAUGUAUAAACCUUCACACACAUGUGCGUAUACACACAAACACACUGAAAGCCAGGAUCUCUGGCUCCACAAUUAAGUAACAUUCAUAUUAAGAAAUAUAGUGGUCACUGUGAUAUAAUAAAUCAUAAAGGAAAACAAAUCACAAGGGAAAUGGUGCAGCUUAGCAAGGAUAUGGUGCAGCAAAUGUAGGUUACCAACUAAGCAGCUUUAGCUCUUCAUACUGAGGGAGGAAAGUUCCAGAGCAUUAUUUGGAUUCUGAUACAUCCUGCCAAUACUGUGUGUGUGUUUGUGUGUGUGUUGUGUGUGUGUGUGUGUGUUGAAAGAGUACUUGUGUGCAUGCAUGUGCGUAUGUAAAAGAUUUUCGUGGGUUUAACAGUUCGUAGAAUAGCUGUAGCAAAUGUCUCAAUACAUGUGAACAAGCAGAAGGAAGUUCGCUCUGGAGUGUCUUUGAAAGGCAGUCAUUCCAAAUGCCCUCCUUCAUUUAGCUUCAAUAAAGGUCUCUUGGCAGAUGGAGGGCAUUCGUGGGCCAUCUGAUUGAUACUACUGCUAUACACCACUUGGAGGCGCUGCACCACCAGCCUCAAACCUGGAAGACAGAGGCAUUUUCCAGUCUACCCGCCUAAUGAAUGUAUAGGAGCCGUUUGUGAGUGUGUGUCACUCACCUAAGAUCAAAACACCAUUUAAGGGGAUGGCAUUCUUUAUACAUAAAUUCCUAAAAGGAACUGGAGCCAGGUGUUUUCACCAGGUAAGAGUUCUAAAAGGAUGCCAGAGAAGGCCUGGGAAAUGACAUUUAACAACGAUCUCCUGUGCCUCCUUAAUUUGCUGCAAAAUGUGUAGUUGAAAAUAAAAGGCAGAAGGAAACCCACUGUGGGUUAUAUAGCAAGAGAGGAGGGAGAAGAUGGCAAUCUAGGGUUUGGUGUUGACAUAAGGAAAGCCUGAUCUUGGCAACCGUUAAAGGCUGACUUUGGGGUUAAAGGUCGGGGUGAUAGCCCCUGUUGUGGUAUUCCUUAUGCGGUGGGAUGAGGUAGCUUCCAUCUGCAGUCUGGUGCAUUGUCAUGAUUUUUGGCAGGGAAGAUUACUGAGGGAUUGUUUAGGGACUGGGCUAUUAUUGAAAGCCUUUUUUUGUUUUGUUUUGUUUUGUUUUGUUUAUCUACACUUGUUUAUGCUGUGAGCCAAACCUCUAUUUAAAAAGUUGAUACUCACUUUCAAUAUUUUAUUUCAUAUUAUAUAUGUCAUGAAUAGUUAUCUUGAUGUAAAUAUAAAGAUUUUUUUUUGUUUCUGUAGAUAGUAAACUCUUUUUUAAAGAAAAGAAAGGGAAAAGGAAACAUUUUUAUAAAGUUAUAUUUUAAUCACCAUUUUUAUACAUUGUAGCUAUCUCCAGGUCCAGUAAGAAGGUAUGGUUCAUUGGCAUGGAGGUCUGUGGUCAGCUGCUCAUCUACCUAUUCUAAUUUAAAAGAUAAUCUGAUAGUUAUUUUUGCCAAUUAAAUGAGGAUGCUGUAAAGAAAAAAAAGUGUUUUUUGUUUUGUUUUGUUUUGUUUUUUUCAGUAGUAACUCUUACUAACUGAAUUUUGGGUCUUUGCCACCCAGAUGAAAGACUUUUUUAACCAAUUUCAAAUUUUUGUAGUUGGUGUCCAUUUCUCUCCAAUGUUUUUGGGAAUACAACUCUUAUUUCUAUAUACACACUUGCUUGUCACCUAAACAAUCUCAGCUUCCAAGAAAACCUUGAUUGUGAGUUCUACUUUUUACUUCCCCUGAAGUCAGAAAGGAAUGUUUACAUGAAAAAUCCCGUUUCCCUUGAAUGGAUAGUAUAUUAUUUCCUUCCAAAGCAUGACUUUAUAAUAAUCCAUGGCAUUCUUUCAAAUUAGGCAAAGACAAUAGAAUAAAAAAUAAACAUAGUUUCAUGGCAAAUUUUUCUAUUAAGUAGGAAAAGGUAAAGAUGAUCAAAUAGAUGCAAACUCUACCUAAAUAACUAGAAAAUAUUUCAAUUUGCAUUUCCCAGUUAAUACCAGGUCAUCAUCAUUUAGCAUUUGCUGAAUUGUUCCCGUUUCCUUAGCAUUGUCUGUGUUUCUCUAUGUUUGCAAAAUGUACUGUGAGUCAGUCAAAUACAUUUCCCCAAUGAGACUGUUACCCUUACAAAUAAGAGAAGAAAGAAGAAGGAAUUUAUACUCAACAUACCCUUUGCGUCUGCUUACUUAGAACGAAUCUUUUCUCUUUCCCCAUGUAAGUAUACAUGUCUAAAAUGAAUAGAUAUAGAGGAAAAACCCAACUGUGGAGUGAGUCAGGUGACAGAGCCACUGUGAGAGUCCCUUCUGUGUCUAGGCAGUUUUACUAAAGCUGCAAGGCCUUCUGCUUAGAAGCCAGCCUGGCUCCUACCAGGGAGAUCUCAGAAAACUGCCUGGAUCUGUUGUUUUGUUUUAAGGUACAUGAUAUAAUAGGAAAUAAUCAUGACCAAACCAGUUGGAAUCUCAUAUUCUGGAUCAUGGUCAUCAAUCCAAGCAGUUUAAUAACUUUUUCUUAAAAAAUAAGUUACCAUUAUAUUUUAAUUAGAAGUCAAUUGAAAUAAAGGAAUAGAGCUCCACCCACCAGUUGUGUGACUUUCAUACACACCUGGUACAUCUUAAAGGGUUCCUAGGGACAUAACCAGAUAUUUUCUCCUUGUGAUAUUUCCCCCCUCCUUGGUGACAGCAAUAUUACUGUGUUCACUUCCAGCUCCAGAGCUUACUUCCUGUGGUGCCAAUGUCUUUGUUGCAAUUUACUACAUUUUUAUAUGAGCCUACUUUUAGGUGCCAUAUUAGAUAAACUCAGGUCUUUCAAAUGAAGGAACUUCUAGUCCAUUUAGGGAGAAGGGUAGUUGUAUAGAGAGCCAUAAAAUUAAUAUUAGGAAAAAUUGGAACUGGUUGUUCUCUGUCAAGAAAAAGUCCAGGUAUAUUCUGUGUGUUAUCAAUGUUAUUUUCAGCAUGCUAAUAGAUUGCCUGUCUUUCUAAUGAUAUUUCUAAGCCAGGCUUUUGAAUAUUAUAUCCUUGAUGAAAACACCAUUUUUGCUUUCUUCUUUAUCUGUAUUUUUUUUUUUUUUUUUUUUUGUCAUUUUAUAAGACCUGGUUUUGUUCUCAGUAAAGGAUGAAGACAGUAGCUUUGUACGGGAAUAUGUCUAUAUUGUCUUCAUCUGACAUGUGAAGGAAUUUCCUCAUAUUUUGUUUAAGAAGGUAUCCACUUUCUAAAAAACAUAGAAUUCUGUCUAUUCAAUUUUGGUUGAAUUCUAGAACAAACCCUAACCAUUGCACUCCCAGUAAUACUAAAAAAAAGGAAUUGAAUAUCAUGCAGACUGUUCAUUAGAUGUAUGUAGACUAUUGAUUUGUGAUUUCCCCAUGUCCCUUGCCUUUCCUUCCCAGAGAACUUUCUUGAAGGUAAAAACUGUGCAAAGGCAUGAGACUCAGGCCUAUUCUUUGUUUAAAUGAUGGAAAAAUAUAAAUUAUUUUCUAAGUAAUAAAAAUAUGAAAAUUAUCAUUGUAAAUAAAGUCUAAAGUUUGAAAUGACUGCUUUCUAAAAGUGAAGUAUUUGUUUGAUAAACAAGUCCUGACUAAUGAGAAGUGAAUAACCCAGAAAUCCUUGUAUUCCUCUUUGGGAGGUAUUCUUGGUGCUUCCAUGCCAUGGGGAUCACCUCUAUCCUCAUCAUUUAUAACAUUCCUAGAACAAUUAUGAAAACCAUAAUAAGAGUGUUAUUGUCCUUCUCUUCCUUCCUAACCCUGAUUCCCAUUUAAUGCCUUCCCUGAUUUCUACUAAUUUUAAAUAAACUGCCUUUUCAAACUGGCAGAAGUUUCCAAUAAGAUAGGACUCUGCAAACUUUCAUACUCUAGAGUAAUUCAAGAUUCUCCUUAUUCUACAGAUCUGUCAGCUAGUAUGUAUAGAAAAAGACCCAAAUUUGCAAAUAGCUCAACUCUAGAUAAUUAAAAGCCAAUGUAUCUAUGUAUUUUGAAACUAAUCUGAAUUUCUAUCUUUCCUAGCAAGCAAAGCAGUGAAAUGUUUUAAGACCAUUGGAAUCAUUAGCUCUCUCAUGAUUUCCCCAUGAAAUAAAAUGAGGAAUUUGCUAAUAGUUCAUUUUUUAAAAACUGUUCAAGCAAAUUCAGAUGAAAAUUAGGAAACCCAUUAACCAUUUUAGUUGAAGAGCAUUCCUAAAUUUUUUUCUUAGAAUUUCUUAUCAAGAGGAAAUAUAUUAGCUUGAGAUUAUAUAUUCAUAUCCUGUAACUUUGUUCCUCUAGAAAACAUUCAAGUUCUUAUUGGAAAUUCAGUUGGAAUAAGCUAAACUCUUAGCACCCAGUUAACUAAACUGCAAACUAUGAUUUAGACAAAUUGAGUUUUGCAUAAGUAUUAGUAUGUUUCAUACCAAUGAACCAUUAUCAGAAAACAAGAACAUGUUUUUUCUCUAUAUUAUGCACCAUGGAUGUUGGGCAAUUUGUGCUAUUACUUACCAUAUUGUAUCUGUUAAAACACUAUUUACUUUUACCCUAUCUCAUGGUGCUUUCUGCCUUAGCUAAAUCGAUCUUUAUGUUCACACUAGAAAAUUCUAACAGCAUGAUAACAAUGGUGACAAAAACAAUGGAACUUUUGUGUGUGUACUUGUGUACAAAGUAUGUUUGAAGACAUAAAAAUGAAGAUUAUGGCAUUAUUGACUUGGUGAAACUCAGUCUCUUAUUCAAAAAUAUUGAUACACUAUAAAUUAUCUUAAUGUCCAUAAGACCAUAAAAUAUAUGGAACCAUGUAUAGAUGGAAAACAAAACUGGCUUUAACACAUGCUUAAAGAUCCAAAAAGAAUCCAAAUUUCCUAUCUAAAGAUAGCCAGUUCUUCUCCUUAUGUUUUUUAAGAUGUUGAUGGACCUUUAUUUUAUUCAUUUAUUUAUAUGUGGUGCUGAGAAUCGAACCCAGUGCCUCACACAUGCUAGGCAAAUGCUCUACACUGAACCACAACCUCAGCCCUCCCUAUCAAGUUUUAAGGUUGAUUACCUUGACAUGUAUUGUUCUUUCUGGAUUUCUGCUUCCCUGAAGAGGGGCGCACAGAAGAAAAGCCAAGCCUUCUCCUUCUAGAAAUGUUGAACAGAUCCAUGUUCAAACAUGUUUCCUCAUUACUUCACUUCAAGGAGUGGUUCUUAAUCAUGAAAAUAAAUCAGCCAAAAUAAAUUGUUUCAAAAAGAGUAAUAUCAAAUAUUUAUGUGUAAGUACUAUCAAGAGUAUUUAAAUUUGUUUUCUUGAAUUAAAACUAUUUCAUGUUUUUAUUAAACUGAAACCUACUAAGUGACAUUCCAUUGUAAUAGAAUGCUGAAUAUUUUGACAUAACCAGAACUAGUAAUAAGAAAACUUGAAAAGAUUCAAUUAUAUUUUCAAUGUCCUCAUGCCUCAUGAAGAAAAUGUUUUGCGAAGGGUAUCAUAAAUACAUAAGAUAGAUUAAAAUACGUUUACCCCAGUAAUUUAAGUGUUCAAAGUAUAGUCUGAGCUCUUCUGAGAUAUUCCAAGAUGAAAGAAUGUCUUACCCAGUAAUUUAUCAUGGCUUAGGUUGCUGUAAAAUAAAUGGUCUAUUACUAUAGAUUUUAUACUAAGUUCUAACAUAGUUAAAAAUCCAAAUAUUUAACUACUAGAAAAGAUUAAACAUUAAUCUUGACUUUCACAGUUGAAGCAUUGACUGGUAGGUUAACCACACUUACUGCAUUCAACUGCCAAGCAUGAUCAAAUGAUAGGUUGAAAUUGGAUAUACAUUAAUAGAAAAGUAAUAAAAAUGUUCUUUUAAAGUUUUAAUGCAGGGCAUUCUUCCUCCUUAAAAAAAAAAAAUGAGCAACAACAAAACAAAAAAACUG